AUGGAUAAAAGGGAGCAACAAAUUGUGGCGUGGCUGAUGGAAGAAGGUACGGAAGAAAUAGAGGACCCAGAUAGUAGGAUUGACAAAGUAGAGAGUGACGGAGAUAGUGAUCACAGUGAACAUUGCACCGACACGGAACAGUCAUCAUGCGAAGAUGAAGGUGAGAAUUAUUCAAGUCAAUCCGAGCACGGUCUAUAUUACUUAGGCAAGGAUAAAAUUACCAAGUGGAAUUAUCGUCCACAACGUACCAAUAUAAGAACAAGGUCACAUAACAUAGUUGACAGUAGAACAGGGGUAAAACCAGUAGUAGCCAAAGGCGCUAAACAUAUUAUUGAACGUUUUCUCCUUUUUGUAAGUGAGGACAUGCUCACUAAAAUUGUCUUUUACACAAAUAAUUACAUUAAAAAAUCAUGGACCGUUAUGCAAGAGACAGAGACUGUAAAGAGACGGAUAUCAUAG